AUGACAGACAACCAGCCAUUAAUCCUGGUAGCUGGCGUCAUGGAGGACCAGGUGUUCUCCCAUGUGUGCUAUGUUGCUAGUCAUUUAUCCCAAACACUACCGAAUUUUAGAUUUGAAAGGAUUUGUAAGCAAUGCGAAGAAUGGGAACCGUGGUUGGAGAAAAUUUGCAAAACACGGGGCUGGUCACACGAAAAUUCACCUCUUGUAUGGCGUGAAUUCGGAAAAUCUGCAGACAACUACGCCUAUAUAGGUGACGCAACUCAAUUCUGGGAAUUUAUUAGUGAAUACUACGGUAUUGAGUCCCAGCUUAGUAAGGAUGAACUGAACACGUUGGGGCAAGAUUGCAGUCAGGAAGCAGAAAUAAGGGCACGUAAGAAUACGUUGAUUGCAGGAAAUUCAAAACUACGUGUUUCAAUAUUUGGAUCAGACCGACAACUGUGUGAAAACCUGGCAAUUGACUUAUGUGCAAUUGAAAUAUUGCAUCUUGCGAAGGAGAUAGUUGUCAAACUGUACAAUCCCCCUGUGCCUAGUACAAGACUGAAAGAUGAAAUCAGAGAAAUCGAAACACCCUUUAAAAGCUCACCUGCUAUCAAAAUUGUGCAAUCACUGAGUAUUGCUUUGGCUGACUGCGACAUACUUAUUAUAUUAAAUGAAAUACCAAUGGAAAGUGGAGAAGCAAUAGAUUAUUGGUUAAAUCGUAAUGGAUCAUCCAUGCUUGACUUAGCAAGGCAAAUAAAUGAUUUUGCCCCAGAUUGCAUGAAAGUGGUAUUUUGUUCAGCUGGACCGAAUUGUCUCAAUGCCGGAUUACUUGCCUCUACAGUUACAAACUUGGAUGCAAAUAAUAUUGUCGUUGUGAGUAGUCACCUGGGAUUUGAAAUUUUGUGUGAAACGGCGAAUUUGGUUGAUGUAGCAUUAGAAGAAAUGGGAUGCCCUCCAGUUUGGGGUUUUAUAGGCAUAAACCAUUUUGUCGACAUGCACAAUACUAUUCAGAGACACGAAAUUUAUAGACCCAAUAACCGAGCAUUAAAAUCUCCUAACGGUACAACCUUGCCACUGGGUGCGAGGCACCAAGAGUUAAGAUCAAUAUUUUACAUGGUACAUGACAAGGACCCUGAUGUCGCUCUACUUGAGCAUAAAGUUUCGCUGGCAGGUGACUCUCAAAAAUGCAUAGCGAUCUGUGAUCUUCUCAGACUUUGGUACAACAAAAACAACAAUGUGGAGGAUGAAAUUAUUUCUUUAGGAAUAUGCUCGGACGGAACAUUUGGCAUUCCAAAGGGAAUAUUUUUCUCGCAACCUGUGUAUUUGCAACAAUUGGAGGAUGACAGUCGUCGCUGGCUACCGUGCGCUGAAUUUCCACAACCAGGUCAUCAAAACUGGAUUUUGAACAACAUGAUUGAAACUGCUCAAAUUUUGGCAGAGAAAAUAAUGUUUGGAACCUACACAAUAAGAGGCAGAGACCUUAUCCUGGAUGUUGUGGAUGAAAGCCUCAAAGUAGGAUUUCGAUCAAUCGAUACCGCUGCAAGAUAUGGAAAUGAAGGUGAUAUAGGCGAAGCCCUAAGAAUAUCUCUGCCUAAAUAUAAUCUGAAAAGAGAAGAUAUCUUUGUCACUACGAAACUCGCCCCGAGCGAUACUGGUUGUCCAGAAAAAGUUUACAAUGCUGUAAAGAAUUCUCUCUCAAAAUUGGGACUUACCUACUUGGAUCUGUACUUGAUUCAUUGGCCCGGCGCUGGGGCCAUCCCAGAGAAUUCCACCGAGAAUAUUAAAUUGAGAGACACAACAUGGAAAGUGUUGGCAGAUUUUCAAAAGCAAGGCAUACUCAGAUCAAUUGGUGUAUCCAAUUACCUUGUUAAACAUCUCAAAGAAUUGUUAGCGAAUGAUUAUGGUGUGAGACCUGCUGUUAAUCAAGUUGAAUGUCAUCCCCAUUAUCGUCAGGAUGAACUAAGAACUUAUUGUAACAAAGAAGGAAUUCACGUUCAAGCUUAUUCCUCUUUGGGCACAAGUAAAUCUAACGAACUACUCCAAGAUCCAACAGUCAACAGUAUUGCCACAGAAUACAAGGUAUCUCCAGCUAGGGUACUAUUAAGAUGGGCACUGCAACAGGGUAUUGGAAUCAUACCAAAAGCUGCAAAAAUGGAGCACAUCAGAGAUAACAUCGAUCUAAACUUUGUCAUAAACGAUCAGCACAUGAAAACCUUGUCCAGCUUACCUCAAAAAAAGUAUACAUGGGAUCCAACCAACGUCUGUUGAGUGGCAAACAUGUACUCGGUAUAAAUGCAUAAUACUUGCAAUGUU